AUGGCAUCUACCAUUAAACCUGGACUUACAACCUUCCACCACCUUGAUAAUUCCCAAUCUCAACGAGUUCUCUGGUUCCUCGAAGAGCUAGGAAUCGAAUACAAUCUCGUAUGCCAUAAACGCAUUGAAGGUCGCGCGCCACCCGAGCUAAAAAAUGUACAUCCUAUGGGGAAAGCCCCCGUCCUUGUCACAUCCGACAACAGGCCCAUUGCGGAAAGUAGUGCAAUCCUCGGAUACCUGAUUGAUACAUACGAUACAGAGGGAAGAUUUGCGGCGCAAGAUAAAGUCCGCGAUGAGAGUUUGAGUUCGUUUGCCGGAUCGACUAUUGGGACCAUUUCAAUGAUUGAAUUGAUAUUUGAUAUUGUGGCGGAGAAAUCCCCGUGGCCAUUAUCAAUAUUAAUGGGUGGUGUCAAAUCAAACAUACAUAAGAGUUUCACGGGGCCAGAAUAUGCAACACAGUUUGAAUACCUGGAGAAAGAAUUGACAGAUGAAUGGUUCAAUGGGAAGAAUCUAGGAAGGGCAGAUGUGAUGUUGAGUUGGCCUGUGGACUUUUUGGCCGCAAAGAAGUAUGUGGACUUCCAGAAAUACCCGAAGAUUCUACAGUGGAGGGAAAGGAUACAAAACAGAGAUGCUUGGAAGAGGGCGUUGGAAAAGGGUAAUGGGUAUGAUUUCGUGGAGGUGUAA